AUGCUGUCCCUAAUAGUGGUAACCGCACUAAUACUGGGCGUCAGUGCCCAAAACCAUCCGUGGGAUCCGCAGCCCCGGGACGCCGGUUGGCUCCAACAUCACGAGCGUUUCGUUAAUCAAACACUGGCUCAUAUGAAAGAGGAACAGAUCGUGUUUGUGGGCGACUCCAUCACUGAGGGCUGGGGCGGCAAUGGAAAGGCUGUUUGGGCCAAAUACUACACACCCAGACAUACCUUCAACUAUGGCAUCGGCGGUGAUAGGACUGAGCACGUAAUCUAUCGGAUCCAACACAAAGAGUUUGACGGUCUAAAGCCGAAGGUCACUAUUCUUAUGAUUGGCACGAAUAACGCGGCGUCCAAUACUGUUGAAGACAUCGCCCACGGAGUGGAGGAGACAGUGAAGGAACUGUUGGUUAAAAUGCCCGAAACAAAGCUUAUACUGUUGGGAGUGUUUCCCAGAGCCGAGCCAUUGGGCGCUAAAGUGAAACAAGUGAAUACAAUAAUCAAGAAAUUGAAUAACGAUAAGAAUGUAUUCUGGCUGGACAUGUGGUCAGCCUAUGAGAGCGCUGACGGGCACCAAAAGACUGAGCUCUAUGUGUCCGACAAACUGCACCUCAACGAGAAAGGGUAUGAGGUUUGGCAGCAAACUAUGGAACCCCUGCUUAAGAAGUUGCUCAAUUAAUAAUGAAUUUACAUUAAUAAUAUUUUAUGACACUAACUUUUAUUAUG